GCCCGCAGGCCAAUUUGUAAGUGGUUUGCGUAGCUGCCAAUCAAAGCAGACAUCCUCUCCUCAGGCUGUGGCCACGAAACAUCUCAGUUGCUGUGUGGAGAGAUUUGACGGAGGGAUCCUCCUGUGCAUGGACCGUCGCUGCGCUGCAAUCCGCCGCCUGCCUGCUCUCUCUCUCUCACUCACACACACACAUACACACACACAUACACACGCACACACACGCAUGUAAUGCCUCGGUGAAAUCUGGACGUAGACGGUGGAGAAAACACGCAUGUGAAUAUUUUAUUUUUGCAUGUCAGGAGAGGAGGAACUAGUCGCCGGGUCCGCGGCUGUUUGUCUUUUCUUAUCGCUUCCCCCCCCAUGUUACUCUAAUUAAUCGGAGGCAUGCGGAAUCGCACCAGGAUUAGGAAUUGCUUCCCAAUAGUGUGCCUGCUGUUGACGUUAUGGACCGAGGUGUCCCAGUCAACCGGCUAUUUCGAGCUGCAGCUGAUCUCCGUAGAGAAUGUAAACGGCGAGUUGGCGGACGGGGAGUGCUGCGACGGCUCCAGGAGCUCCCAGGACCUGCGCUGCACUCGAGACGAGUGCGACACUUAUUUCAAAGUGUGCCUGAAGGAGUUCCAGGUGGAGGUCGCCACCAACGGCCAGUGCACGUUUGGAGCUGGAUCUACGCAAGUUCUCGGUGGAAAUAUGUUUUCUUUUACGACCACAAAGAAUAACCAAAAUAAAAUCGACAAUGCUGGCAAGAUUUCGAUCCCCUUCCAGUUUGCGUGGCCGCGGACGUACACGUUGAUUGUAGAGGCCUGGGACUGGGACAACGCCACACGCAGCAAUAAGGAGGAGCUGCUGAUCGAACGCAGCAUUCGCACCGGCAUGCUCAACCCCGGCGACCCCUGGCAAAAAAUCCUGCACGACGGGCCGGUGGCUCGCCUCAUGUACCGUAUCCGGGUGCGCUGUGAUGAAAACUACUACGGCAACAAGUGCAAUAAGCUGUGUGUUCCUCGAGACGACUACUUCGGGCACUAUCGCUGUGACCCCUCGGGGGCUCAGGUGUGCCUAGAUGGCUGGAUGGGCCCAGACUGCAGGAUAGCGAUCUGCAGGCAAGGCUGCAACCUGUUACAUGGCACCUGCACCAUCCCAGGGGAAUGCAAGUGUAACUACGGCUGGCAGGGCCAAUUCUGUGAUGACUGUGUGCUUUAUCCUGGAUGCAUUCACGGGACCUGCAACCUCCCCUGGCAGUGCAAGUGUGAGACGAACUGGGGUGGCCUGCUGUGCGAUAAAGAUCUGAAUUACUGCGGACGCCACCAGCCUUGCGUUAACGGAGGAACCUGCAUGAACACCGAGCCGGACGAAUACCACUGCGCCUGUCCGCAGGGAUACUCUGGCAAGACCUGCGAGAUAGCCGAACACGCCUGUGUGUCCAAUCCCUGCGCCAACGGCGGUACGUGCCACGAGGUUCCCACAGGGUUCGAGUGCCAGUGUCCGCCAGGCUGGGAGGGUCUGACCUGCGCCAACAAUUUGGACGACUGUGCGUCCAGUCCAUGUGCUCAGGGUGGAACCUGUAUCGACCGGGAGGAUGGCUUCGAGUGUGUGUGCCCCCCACAGUGGGAAGGAAAGACCUGCCAGAUAGAUGCAAAUGAGUGUGCAGAAAGCCCCUGUGAACAUGCUUACUCUUGCAAAAAUUUGAUUGGCGGAUAUCACUGCAUCUGUUUUCCGGGAUGGUUUGGACAAAACUGUGACAUCAAGAUCAAUGGCUGCCAUGGUCAGUGCCAGAAUGGAGCAACAUGCAAGGAAGGCGAGAGGGGUUACCACUGCCAGUGUCCUCCGGGUUUCGUGGGCACCCACUGUGAGAUCCAGAGGAAUAAAUGUGACAGCGGGCCGUGCCAGAACGGCGGCCAGUGCCACACAGUGUUGGACAGCUUCGUGUGUGAAUGCCCACCGGAGUUUGGUGGACAGCUGUGUGAGAUCCCUACCUGGUCCCCCUCAGACGCUUGUGACCCGAAUCCUUGCGAGAACGAGGCCAAGUGUCACAGCAUCUACCAGGACUUCUACUGCGCCUGUCCUGAAGGCUACGAAGGAAAAACCUGCGAGCGGCUCAAAGAGAACUGCCAAACCACCCCAUGUCAAGUUAUUGACAUCUGCACUGUCGCUGUGGCGACCAACGACUCGGCCGGAGUGCGGCACAUCUCCUCCAAUGUCUGUGGCCCGCGAGGACGCUGCAUCAGCCAGCCAGUGGGAAACUUCACCUGCGUCUGCGACCCGGGUUUCAGUGGCAUCUACUGUCACGAGAACAUUAACGACUGCAUCAACAACCCCUGUGGAAACGGAGGGACCUGCAUCGACGGGGUGAACUCCUUUCAGUGCUUCUGUCCUGACGGCUGGGAGGGUCGACUGUGCGACCACAACGUCAACGAGUGCAGACACAACCCCUGUAAGAAUGGCGGGCGCUGUGUCGACCUGGUGAACGACUUCUACUGCGAGUGCGCCGACAACUGGAAGGGCAAGACCUGCCAUUCCCGCGAGAGGCAGUGUGACGCAACCACCUGCAGUAAUGGAGGCACCUGCUACGACCACGGGGACGCCUUCCGCUGUGCGUGUCCACCCGGGUGGGGAGGAAACACUUGCAACACAGCCAAGAACAGCACAUGCGCCUCCAGUCCUUGUUCCAACGGUGGAACCUGUGUGGGAGGAGGAGACGCCUUCACCUGCAUCUGCAAAGAAGGCUGGGAAGGCCCCACCUGUGGCCAAAAUACAAACGACUGCAACCCUCAUCCAUGUUACAAUGGCGGUAUCUGUGUGGACGGGGUCAACUGGUUCCGAUGUGAGUGCGCUCCUGGUUUCGCUGGACCAGACUGCAGAAUCAACAUUAAUGAAUGUCAGUCUUCACCCUGUGCCUACGGAGCCACAUGCAUCGACGAGAUCAACGGUUUCCGAUGCAUCUGUCCACUCGGUCGAACAGGAACCCGAUGUCAAGAAUUCAUAGGUAUUGGGAAGACUUGCCACUACGGUGGCCUGCAGUUUCCUCAUGGCAGCCGCUGGGAGGAAGAAUGCAACAACUGCCAUUGCAUCAACGGCAAAGUGGACUGUACAAAGGUGCUGUGUGGUCGUCGUCCCUGCCAGCUCCAGUCAUCGGGCAAGGAGCAGAGACAGCACUCCUGCCCGGCUGGACGGGAGUGCUUAAAGCACAGCUACCUCACCUGCUUCUCCCCCCCUUGCCAUCAGUGGGGGGUUUGCGCCAUGGCUGGACCCCCACUUCCACAAGUAACCACCAAGUGCCAGCCAAACAGCGGGCAUUUGGACAACAGCUGUGUCCGCAUAACACUUGUUUUCAACAGAGACAAAGUACCAGCAGGAACAACAGUGGAGAAUAUUUGCUAUGAGCUGAGAUAUCUUCCUGACAUCCGAAGCUUGGCAAAAGACCACGCCCUUCUCCUGCUCUGUGACCUCUCUCAUUCAACUCAGGAUGCUGUAGAGGUGGCUAUAUCUUUCCAGCCAGAAGAUCUACCGGACCACAGUCUAAUCCAGAAGGUAUCCAGUGCCAUAGAGGGCACCUUGUCGAGGCGGCACAACAGCACUAUAAUGCUAGCAGUCACUGAGGUCAGAGUGGAAACGCAGGUCUCGUCCCCCUCAGUGGAUUACCUGGUGCCUUUACUAUGUGUGGUCUUCUGCUUGCUCUGCCUCUUCUGCAUCAUUGUAUGCGUUUGGUGGACGCGCAAACGGAGAAAAGAACGCGAGAGGAACACACGAUCUGCCACAGAUGAAAACGUGAACAACCAGUGGGAGCCACUCCCGCUUGUCGUGGGACGUCAGCAGCAGCUGAAAGAAAGCAACAGGGAGGCCGAGCAGGAGCGCAAAAAGCUCAUGGGUCCCUCCUAUCGGACGUGUGAUGAGGGGGAGGAGGAGGAGGAGACGGAAGGGGAACUUGAGCUCGACGAGGAGUGUGGUGGAGCAGAGGCAGGGAAGCAGCCAGGUUAUAAGUACUCUAAGACUGCAGUGCAGUCCAGUGGGGGAGUGAUCUGUACCCUGCACAGCUCCAGUUCACCCCUCAAAGCGCCCCACCGGACCCCAGGCUACAGCCCCAAAGACAACCGCUGGAAAAAUGUCAGUGCCGUCUUGACUGGUCAAAAAGACCUCAGAGACCACUGUGUACAAGACAUUUAAACAAAGGACUCGCAAUGUGGAAGCGAGAGAAGCUGCAAGGCAGCUGCUAUUAUUUUCGGACUACUUUUGGAAAGAAAAAAAGGCUUUGUGUUUUGAUAAGCCAUUCUUUGCUUUGUUUUCAUGUUUUUGUCACUGUCACCUGAAAUGUUUUUUUAUUCAGGAGGCUAGAGCACAGUGAUCAUCCUUUUUUGCUUCUGUUCACUUAUUUUUCUUUGAUUCUGUACAGAAGGAGCUGAAAUGUAACAAUUUUUCAGGAGGCUAAAGAAGCUCCCUGCAAUUUUUGUUUAUGGAAUUGUACCCAUUCAAGAAAUGAUGAAUCAUCAAAAAGGAGAAAAAACGACUUGUAUAAAGAUUUUUUUUUUUUUGUUUGUUUGUUUACAGAUGAUUAUGAUUUUGUUAAAUUGUCAGCGGGCUCCUGUUCAGUGUCUGUGGCGGGCAGAUACACAUUAAAGGGACAGUAAAGGAAGGGUUUUGAGGGAAUGGACUGUUGCAGCCACAGCAACAGAGGAAACCUUCCCUUUGCGCUGUCUCUUUUCCGGCUUUGCCCACCGAUCCACCUGUGGCCGUCAUGCGCCAGCCUUACCAAAACAUUUGGCCUGGAGGGGGAGAGGGGACAGAAACCCCAGUGCCUACUAUGUGGCCUUCCAUUUUUUUUCUCCUGUCUCUCAGUUGUCUUGGCUGAAAAACUCUGUUUGAGGAUUUUUUGCAGUAUUUGAGUUGGUAGCAAGUGCCUUUCUACGAGCCGUGUCAAGGCUCCAAGUCGCGCUGCCCAGUUUGACCUCCUCGUUCUCAAAUCUCAAAGGGAUAUAAGUGUACAUUUAGAGAGUUCAAUUUCACAGCAACGCCAUACAAGGUAUUUGAUCAAAACAGAAAUGAAUACUCUGUACAUAUGUGUAAAUACUAAAGGAGUCGCUGUGUAUAUUUGAAAUAAGUAACUUAAAGACAAGUCACACAUUUUUAUUAUUAUUAUUAUUAUUAUUAUUAUGAUUAAUAUUAUUUUUAUUUUUUUUACAAUGCCAUUCCUUUUAUUUAUGCCAGUCGAAAUAGGCAGGUUUUAUAACACUACAUAUCCAGAGUCCCACAGUUAAGAACCUUUACAAUGAGGUACCACCUAUGAAGGAAUUUCUGAAGGGUUUAUAAAUGGUUUGUCAUGGGGACGCAUUUCCUUUGUGUUGUGGUUUUUUUUGUUUGUUUUUUAUUUUGUUUUUUGUUUUUUUGGGGGUGACAAACUCACAUCAACAGUUGCAACUACUAUAUAUCGUGCGUUUGAGUAAAGUUAAUCAGUGAUGCUUUUUGGACACAUAAAUAAAUUAAUUUGCUCUUGGUAUUUAAGAAUUAUCUUAUAAAACAGAACAAAAACUUGGUCAUGUUAGGACAAAAACUACUGCUCUCUACUGACGAACCUUCGUACAAGCUACUAUUAUGGCGGCUCCUCAAUCAGUGAUGUCAGAGUAGGUCUUCUUCCUGUACAGUUAAUGGUGAACAGCCUUUUGAGACAUCACAAAAAGGAGUACAACUUUCUCCAGAGUUUUUGGCUUUAGAGGGCACAACAGCUGCAUCUGAAAAAAUAUUUUUUGAUCCCAGUCAUUGCUUGCCAUUUUACACUCUAGUCAUUUUUUGUUUCACACUCUUAAUUAGUUCCCUGGUUUUGGUUGGAUCAGGAUUUGCUUAAAAAAAACUUCACAGGCAGUGUUGAAAACUGCCGAUAUAAAAGCCUUAAAGAGUUUUUCCCUGCAACACUUCAAACCAUUUCUAAACCCAUCACAAACCCUUUUGUUUCAGGUGCCUUAAUGUAACAAGUAAUGCAUUAUUUGUGUAACAGUCAUCUUUUUAUGUUGUUGGUUUGUUUUCACUAUUAAGGAAAGUAACUCUUUAAAACGUUGUGUGGUGUAUUGUGGCGUGUUUUAUUCGCCUGAGUAAAGUGCUCUCCUUGUCUCACUUUGCUAUCAUGGAGAUUUCUAGAAUAAAACACUGAUGGAGGUGAUGGAAAAAAGAAACAGUCCACCAUGACUCUUUGGACUGUCAUGAAUGUGGAUAUCAGUAGGUCAAAUGUGGACAUCAUGCAUUAGCUUCAUGUUUGGUUUAAAGGCUUUAAUGAAGGGAACAAUAUUUGCUGAUGCAGAUUUCUUUUUCUUUUCUUUUCUUUUUUUUUUUUCUUUUUUUUUAAGUUUUUUUUUUAAGUUACCAACUCAUUUCAAAAUGACAGUUUUACCCCUUUUCAUAUCAUGUCAUUGUCUCAAAACGCCAUCGUAUUUUCUGUAAAUGGGACACAGCAAAAUAAAGAAUUAAAGAUGCGUCACUGCUGGUGUUAAAAGCUGAAUAAUACAUAUUGUAUACAUUUUAUUCUUCAAGGGACAUAAGGUAAUUUUGUACAAAGCAAAAAAGUUUCCAUUCUUUUAGUGGAUGUUUAAUUGUUAUAAAUAAUCAUCCCAGUUAUUUAUUAAAGCAGUUUUGACACAUCUUGAUCACACUUGUAAUAUUUGGUUUGCUAAAGUUCCACUUUUGACCACAUCACACGGCCUUCACCAGCAGAUGGAGUUUGGUCAGUUGUCAUGGUACUUGGUAACUUAACAUGUCAGACUUUUUAAGAGCUUUCGUUCAUGUUUAAAAAUCAACGAGUUCUCCAACUGAAUCAACCAUCGAGAUCACUUGUUCCCAUCCUUGGAGCCGACCAGUCGGAGCAUGCCGGAGGGCAGGCGUUCGGACCUUCGAUGUCUUGGUAACAAUAAUUAACAUGCACAUAUACGACACUGUCUGAAACUCUGUAGUUCAAAAACAAACAUUCAAUUACCGCUAAUCACCAUAGGUGUCAAGAUAACGAAACAAAGAUCUUCGAGAUUACUACUUUUAAGGUUGUGAAACAGUCACGGUUUGGUUAAAUUUCAGCACAAAAACUACUGAGGUUUAGGAAGAGAUUGUUAACAUAAGUACAUGUGUAAGAUUAGAAAGCCUUUCUUGUCACGGUUACAAUAAUAAAAUGCGGUUAAAGUUGUGGAACGGUUAUGGAUAAAUGAAACAACUUUGGCACUGAUUACUAACAAUGCAUCAAAUGACUAAAUGACAGUGUAAUAUGAAAGGGGAGACUUGUCAGGAACAACCCACAGAGAUCUGCUACCGGACACUCUUGGGUUCUAUGAUGUGGUUUAGCACCUUUAACUUCAUUAUUUUGGUUUUUAAUCCCACAGUUUACCUGGUUCGAUUCACUCCCAUGAACCUUAUUUCCAGCGCCAGGUUGACGUUUUCAGGGCAAAGGCUUUAGCAGGCCAAUUUUGAUGCUAACAAAAUUAGCAACUAGCAUUUAGCAGCCAAAGACCAAGAUGUUUCCCUCAGAAUAUGAGUCCAAUCGAAUGCUGAUGUUAUUCCAUUAUGUAAACAAGCAACUGCUUGCUAACACAUUGCUACAACCAUUAAAACAAAGAAUACUUCAUUGA